UUUGACAUGUAUUCCAUUUCCCAGAUAGCACAUCACGUGUUUAAGUUUCCUUGAUUUUUUGUUAAAGAACUCAUUCAUAUCUUACAAUUAAUUUCCUUAAUACACUUUAGCUCACAGAAGGUGCAAGUGUGAGGAUUUCCUUUAGUUGCUUACCUCCAUGGCCAGGAAGUUCUCUCCACUUUAUCAUGCCAUAACUCUCUCUUUUGCCUUGCAAUUACCUUUUGAAACUGAUUGUUUUUCUGGAUUUUUGUUUCUUCAUGAUAUUCAAAUUGUUUUCAUCAGUGUUACUUGCUUUUAUUCCCCAAUGUUGAUGAGUUGUAGGGGGAAGGUGAUGAAUAUGUCGUUGGGGACUGUCCAUUUGUGGGGAACUGUGGCAAACCUCACUCAGAAGCCUGUGAUUUGUACAAUGUUUGUAAUUAUUGCGUUGCGGUCAAAAAGAAGGGAGGUGUAUAGAGCAAAACUCAGAAACAAUCAAAGGCCAAAAACAAGAACCGGAUAUCCUGCAAUGGUGAUCAUCAAGCUUGUGCGUUGCAGCUGUCGAAGUUACACACGUAGGAAAUGUUUAAAAAGUGCCAGACUGAAGUAAGUAGCUACAGACGUCCAAUUCUGACUUUUGUUGUCAGAGGAAGUUGAAUAGAUGAAGAAGCGCUUGCCACCCGGAAAAGCAGAGCUCGAGCUAGGGUGUCCACAAUGGUGAGGACGCCCGACUCCCACCGCCACCCCCCUUCUUGCACAGCCGUUUCACCGCCGCGCCGCCCGCAUUCGCCCCGUUUCCACACAAUAGGGCGCCGCGGCCGUCGCCCCACCCAUUCUCCCUAGCCGCGGUCUCACCCCGAACUCGGCUAUCCCGCGUUCGCCGUCCUGCCGCCCCGAAUCCGCGUCCGCCCACCUUCCCCACUAUAGCCGCCCGCCCACCGCCCCCAGACGCAGCUAUAGCCGCGUCCUACCCAUAGUGGAUACUCUAAGAGAAUGAUCAUAUAAGUUUAUAAGUCUAAAUAAAUAUGGCCUCACCUACUACCUCUUCCCCACCAAACUAUCGACUCACCUACCUGGCUACCUUCCGUUUAGUGUAGUAAAAGUAAGAGUGUGUAGUAAAAGUAAGAGUGAAGAAAGCAUUCGCAAUUGAUGUCGAUUAGAUGCAAAGCGGCGGUGGCGUGGGCAGCGGGAGAGGCGCUGGUGAUAGAGGAGGUGGAGCUGAGCCCGCCUCAACCACUGGAGAUCCGCAUUAAAGUCGUCUGCACUUCCCUUUGCCGCAGCGACCUCACCGCUUGGCUCUCUCAGGCUCAACCUCAAAUAUUUCCUCGGAUAUUUGGGCACGAAGCAUCAGGAAUUGUCGAGAGUGUGGGUGAAGGAGUUACUGAAUUCGAAUUGGGGGACCAUGUACUGACCUUAUUCACGGGAGAAUGUAUGAGAUGCAGACCAUGUGCCUUAGGCAAAAGCAAUAUCUGCCACACGCUUGGCUUGGAACGUCAAGGCUUAAUGCAUAGUGACAAGAAAACCCGCUUCUCGUUGAAGGGAAAUCCUGUAUAUCAUUACUGUGCUGUUUCGAGCUUUAGUGAGUAUACAGUUGUGCACUCUGGAUGUGCUGUGAAGAUUAGCCCAGUUGCACCAUUGGAUAAAAUAUGCCUUCUAAGCUGUGGAGUGGCUGCAGGUUUAGGCGCAGCUUGGAAGGUUGCAAAUAUCUCAGAAGGAUCAACUGUCGUUGUUUUUGGCCUUGGAACUGUUGGUCUUUCUGUUGCACAAGGUGCAAAACUGAGAGGAGCAUCUAGAAUAAUUGGUAUUGACACAAAUCCGGAGAAGAGUGAAAGAGCCAAGGCUUUUGGAGUAACCGACUUUCUGAACCCAGAUGACCAUGAUCAACCUAUCCAACAGGUUAUCAGUGGCAUUACAGAUGGUGGUGCAGACUAUGCAUUUGAGUGUGUGGGAGACACUGGCAUGAUUACUGCUGCUUUACAGUCAUGCUGUGCUGGGUGGGGUUUGACUGUGACCCUUGGUGUGCCCAAAGAGAAACCAGAUAUAUCAGCUCACUAUGGACUCUUUCUCUCUGGAAGAACGCUAACGGGAUCACUUUUUGGUGGAUGGAAACCAAAAUCUGAUCUUCCUUCACUUGUUGACAUGUACCUGAAGAAGGAAAUUGAGAUCGAUAGCUAUAUAACGCACAACCUGAUGUUUGAAGAUAUAAACGAGGCGUUUGAGUUGAUGAGAGAAGGGAAAUGCUUGCGCUGUGUCAUCCACAUGCCAAAGUAGAGUUUUUUCUGAUGAAACCAAUGAAAUUACUAGUUGAAGCCAUUUUGAGUUCAUUGCAUGAUUAUGUUGGAACAGCAAUACAUCAUAUGUUAGGGUGAGAUUGUACUAUUUUUUUUACUUAGCCGUCUGGUUUCAAAAUUAUGAAUGUAUUACAUGGAAAUCAUCUAGCAUGUUAACUGAUUAUGGAAUAUAGGAUUAUGAUA